AUGGACCCAGCGUUGCACGCGGCUGCGGUGCAGGGGAGCGUGGCGAGCCUGAGGAAGCUGGCGGCCGAGCGCCCCGACAUCCUUGGCUCCAAGACGCCCCAGGAGAACACCGCACUGCACAUCGCCGCGGAGCUCGGCCAUGCCGGCUUCGCGGAGGAGGCCCUGGGUUUGGACCACAAGCUGCUCGUCAGCAAGAACGCCGACGGCGACACGCCGCUGCACCUGGCGGCCAGGUCGGGGAAGGUGGGCGUGGUGGAGCUGCUCAUCGCACACUCCUUCGCCACUGCGCGGGAUGGACAGACCGGGGAACCUUCCCCGAGCACUCCUGGUAGCGCGGUGGCGCAGGGGCCUCUGUUGAUGGCCAACAAGGCCGGCGACACCCCGCUGCACCAGGCCGUGCAGCACGGCUGGAGCGCCGUGGCGCUCAAGCUGCUGGACGCCGAGCCCAGCUGCGGCCACGCGCUCGACGCGAAAAAGCUGUCGCCGCUGCAUAUCGCCGCCCGGGAGGGCCUCGCGGACGUCGUGAGCAAGAUUGUCAGCCAUCCCUGGGUCCGUGAGAGGUUUGUACCCUCCGACUCUGUCAGCGGCACCGCCCUGCACCAGGCCGUCCUCGGCGGCCACAGCCGUAAGUGUGGUGGAGAUAUUGCUCGAGGCGACGCCGGAGGAUCAGAUCGGCUGACGGACUCGAGCGAGAACAACGCGCUGCACUACGCGGCGCAGAAGAACAGCGCCCGCGUGGUGAAGCUGCUGCUGAACCGGAAGGUGGAGCUGGCCUACAGGCGCAACCGCGACCUGCAGUCGCCGCUGCACGUGGCGGCCAACUACGGGUCGACGGAGGCCAUGGUGGAGCUGCUGAAGCACUGCCCCGACGCGGCGGAGAUGGUGGACAGCAAGGGCAGGAACGCCUUCCACGUCGCCGUCACCAGCGGCAAGGUGGACGCCCUCAAGCGCCUGCUCAAGCACGUCCGCCCCGAGGAGAUCGUCAACCGCGUCGACCACGGCGGCAACACGCCGCUGCACCUCGCCGCCGCCCUGUCGCGCGUCCAAUCGGCGCUGCUCCUCAUCAAGGACCGCCGCGUCAACCCCUGCGUCCUCAACCGGGACGGCCAGUCCGCGCGCAGCCUCAUCGAGAAGCGCGGCGCCAGCGGGGAGGAGAUGGACACCUACGAGAUGUACCUGUGGAAGAAGCUCAAGAAGCACGAGGCCUGCAGGUGCCAGAAGCAGCAGCUGCCUCCCAUCGCCACCUACCAGUCGCUGCGCGGCCGGAGGGCUGGCCACGACGAGUACUUCAAGCAUAGCGUCGAGACCUACACGCUGGUGGCCACGCUCAUCGCCACCGUCAGCUUCGCCGCCACCUUCACCAUGCCGGGGGGUUACAGCCAGACCGAGGGCACGGCCAUCCACGGACACACGGCGGCGUUCAAGAUCUUCGUCAUCUCCAAUACAGUGGCCAUGUGCAGCUCCGUCGUCGUCGUCUUCUGUUUCAUCUGGGCGUGGCGGGACCCCGUCAAGUUCAAGCUGGACCAGCUCAUGUGGGGCCACAGGCUCACCAUCGUUGCCUGCCUCGCCAUGGUCGUCUCCCUCAUGACUGCCGUUUACAUCACCGUUGCACCCACGGCAAGGUGGCCUGCGUACGUUGUGAUCGCCAUCGGAGCUAGCACUCCCGCCAUGGUGUUCCUCAUUCUUGGGAAAGAGGCAUUGUACAUCCCACUAUAGCUACUACUCCUCUUCCUCUCUGAAAAGAAGACCUGCAGUUUUUU